AUGGAUCAUAUAGGUCUUUUACCUAAAGCAGAGAGUGCAGUAGUUGUUGAUAGUGAAAUCGAAGGGACAACAAAAAUAACGUAUAUAGAACCGAUAAGAUUAUAAAAGAGGAGAAUAGUACUUGGAGUGUUUCUUUCUGUCAUCACAAGCUUUUUGUUUACUUUAGCUUGUAGUUGGUCAAAGAAACUUGUUAGAAAGUUUUUCUUUAAAGAAUCAUAAUUAGACAAGGCAACCCAUAUGUGGAUUACAAAUAAUGAUAAUUCAAAUAACAUCUCAAAGUUAGUAAAAAAGCAAAAUCAAGUUUAUUUUAUCAAUCGAAAACUAAAGUACAUAUAUGAUAGUGCAAUGAAUACAUUUAAAGCUCUUGAAUAUGAUUUGAAGACCAAAAGAGAUUUAUUAUAAGCUAGAGGAAUAUCAUGUAAAUAUAUGAUUAAUUAAAUUAGAACCUUUGUAAUACCAAGAAGAGUUUGGGAAAUGCUUAAUUGAUAUUCCAAAGCCUAAUUUGUUUGUAUAUUUGGUUAAGGAAUUGACAGCCCCAUUUUAUAUUUUGUAAUAUUUAUCAUGUUUUUUAUGGGUAUUAGAAGGUAAUAAUUGAAUAAAUAAAAAAGACUUGGCAAUAUUGUCAAUCAUAAUGAUAUCUGUAUCAUUGAUAUUUACAACAAUAAAUUUUUUGCUUUUAUAGAAUUCAGCAAAGAAAUUGAGAGAUAUGGCAAAGAGUUUAGCUUAAGUAUAAGUGUAUAGAGGAGAAGAAAUAUUUAAUAAACUAGGAAUUUAAUUUAAAAAGAUUGAUAGUCAAGAUUUAGUUCCAGGAGAUGUGAUUGCAAUUGAAAAUAAAAUGACAUUACCUUGUGAUUGUGUUCUAGUUUCUGGAGAUUUAUUAAUGAAUGAAGCUUCUUUGACAGGGGAAUCAAUUCCUAUACCAAAGAUUCCAGUUGAAGAUUUGGAUUAGCCUAUUUCAUUUAUGACUGAUAAAAGACAUUGUUUAUAUGAAGGAACUAAAGUUUUACUAGCAAGACCUGCUUACUAAUAUGUUAUAGCAAUAGUUGGUAGAACAGGAUUUAGUUCAUUUAAAGGAUAGAUUUUCAGAAGUGUAUUAUAUCCAAAAGUUUAACCUUUUCCAUUUUAUAGUUAAGGAAUAAAAUAUUUAAUUUGUUUGGCCAUAUAUGUUUUAGUUGUUUAUUUUGCAUUGCUACCAAGAUUUAUUUCAGUUGGAUUUAGUUUUAUGAUAAUAUUUUUAAGAUUUUGGGAUGCUUUGACUUGGAUAGUACCUCCAGCUUUACCAAUUUUUGUUUCUAUGUGUUAGACUUAUUCUUUAGUUAGACUAAGAUAAAAAGGUAUUUUUGGUAUCGAUCCUAAUAAAUCACUUGUAGCAGGUAAGAUCAAUACAGUUUGUUUUGAUAAAACAGGAACAUUAACAACAAUAGGUAUUGAUAUGUUUGGAUAUUAAUUGAGAAAUUAAACUAAAUUUGGAAAGUUCAUACCAAAAAAUUAAGUGAAUUAUAAAAAUAGUUUAGAAUUUAAAUUAUUUGCUACUUGUCAUGGAACAUAUGAAAUAGAAGGUGAUUUAAUGGGAGAUAGUCUAGAUGUUGAGUUAUUUAAAUUUACAGAUUUUAAAAUUGAAAAAAACCCUCCUCAAAAUAUAAAAUCUAGAGUUGUAAAUAGAGAAGGUAUUGUAUUAGAUGUACUUAAACUUUAUGAAUUUGAAUCAGCUUUAUAAAGAAUGAGUGUAAUAGUAAAAGACAAAGAUGAUUAUUAUGUUUUUGUUAAAGGUUCACCUGAAAAGAUGGCUGAAUUAUCUAUUCAAAAUACAAUACCAGUAGAUUUUAAAAAGACUCUUAAUUUAUUGACAAUGAAAGGAUUAAGAAUAUUAGGAUUUGGAUACAGAAAAAUAACUUAGGAAGAAAGUGAAAGAUUAAUGAAUGCUAGUAGAUAAGAAUGUGAAUAAGAUAUUUAAUUUUUUGGAUUAUUAGCAAUGGAAAACAAAUUAAAACAUGAUACUCCAUAGGUUAUUAAUUUAUUAAACAAUGCAUGUAUUGAUCUAAAAAUCAUUUCAGGAGACAAUCCUUUAACUACUGUAUAAUGUGCUAGGGAAUGUGGAAUAAUUCCUAAUGAUAAACCAGUCUUAUUAUUAGAUUAUAAUGAAAAAGAAGUAUUUAUAUUAUUUAUUUAAUUAGUAAUAAUUGUCCUUAGAUGAAAUAUGUGUUUUCGAAGAUAAUAAUAAUAUCAAUCAAUAAAAAUAAAAUAGUGAAAUUGAAGUGCUUAUUGAUGAUGUUCAGGAUAUAAAUGAAUAAAUAUUAGAUCAUUAACAAAUAAUGAAUAAAUUGAUUCAACAUUUAUUGACUGCUUAAAAUAUCAAAAGGUCAAUUAUCACUGAAAAUGAUAGUCUUAAUGCAAGUCAUUGUUUUGCAAUGAGUGGUAAAGCAUUUGAUUACUUUUGGGGUUAAUUACCAAAUGAAGAAACCAAAAAACAUAAUAAAUAAUCCUUUGCUGGAUUUGAAUAACCUAUAGAUAAUGUGGAAUAAAUAAGAAUAUAAGGAUUAACUGAAGAAGAACUUCAUAUUAAAUUAUUUGCAUCAAUCUGUUUAAAUGCAAAAGUUUUUGCAAGAAUGAGACCAGAAUAAAAAUCUAUGGUCAUAGAAAAACUUUAAGAAUUAAAAAAAAUGGUUUUAAUGAUAGGAGAUGGAGCAAAUGAUUGUGCAGCUAUUAAAUAAGCAAAUGUUGGUGUCUCAUUUGCUUAAAGUGAUGCUGCAUAUUCAGCUCCUUAUUCUAGUGCAGAUGAUAGUAUUGAUUGUGUUAGAUAAGUACUUUUAGAUGGAAGAUGUGCACUUUAAAAUGCACUAGAAGUAUUUUAAUAUUAUGUUGGAGCCAGUGUAAUAAAAUAUAUAGCAGCUAUGAUAUCAAUGGCUUUUGGUUAAAAUUUUGGAGAUUUACAAUAUAUUGUUAUCAAUUAUGUUGGUUCUUUGCCUUAUCUUAAAUCGAUUUCACUUUCCAAACCUUCUAUUACAUUGACUAAAGAUCUUCCAAAUGAAAGUAUGAUGGCACUUUCAAAUGUAGCUGUCUUAAGUUUCUAAAUUUUUGUAGCUUCAUUUGGUUUAGUGAUUAAUUUUCUUUAUUGGAAUAGUUUAGAAUGGGAGAAUGAACCAGGAGUAGUAGAUGGGAAAUUUUCAAAAGAAGGAACAUUAUAAACAACUCAAUUUAAAAGUUUAUAAAUUUAUUUCAUCAUGGCUGUUAUUGCUAUUUACACUUCAAGACCAUUCAAGUAAAAAAUCUUUACUCAUAAAAUUAUGUUAAUAUUUAUAUGCAUAAGUUUAUUCUUUACUUUAUGGAUUUUCUUCACUUUUUAAGAAUGGCAAUUUAAAGUAUUAAAACUCUAUGACACAAAUUCAUAUCAUGGUAGAUCUUAUAAUUUUAUGCAAUUUAUUUUGACAAUUAUAGUAGGAUUAGUAAUGUUAUUAGGUGAUGAAUAUUUCAUAAGAAAAAUGUUUCCUACAAAUCAAAAGAAAACUAAAAAAUCUAGAGUUAAACCAAGUAUGUCAAAUCAUAUUUCUUGA